AUGCUGCCUCGUUGGCGACCGACGUCGACGAAGGAGCUCGCCCCGCCUGCUCUGCGACGCCCUAGGAGACUCCUGCUCUCCAUCCUCAUUGCCAUAGUCCUCUUCUGGGUGUUUGUUCAACCAAAUGGCCUUUUCUUCUAUCGACGGGAGCUGUUUCCGAAAGACAAACGAGCAGGGUCGCCCCCGAGGUUCAAGGAGCAGUGGCGAUGGCAAGAAAGCCUGCCCCAGCAUAAUACGAGUCUACCAUAUCCUGAGGGCAAAACGGGGAGAUACAUAAAAUUCUCAAAUCAAGUAACGAGGCUGGGAUGGAAUAACGCGUUGAACGAAAUACUAAUGAAUGCACACCUUGCAUACGCGUCGGAGCGCGCGUAUGUAUUCCAAGAUUAUGUCUGGAAACCCGAAUAUUAUCCCUGGGCCAUCCCGUUCAUGACCUUCGAUCGCUUCCGCCGCUGGCCGCACACGCCUCUCAGCGCGCUGAUCGCUGGUCCAACAGCAGGCGGGCCCUGGGACACCGACUCAUCACACAUGCCCCGCUCCGUCACCGAGAAGUACUUCGACAAAGUGUGCCCGCCGUCGGAGCGCCGGCUCAUCAACACAAAGGACAUCAAGCCCGCUAUCAACGAAGCCUCCGGGAUUGUCAUCUUCGAGACUUGGCAACGCCUCCUCCUGAGCGCCCCGGAGCGGUGCAUCGAGAUUGAGGCGGCGCCCUGGCCCGCGGAGUCAUACCCCCAGACGUUCGACCUAUACCUGUGGGGCAGCGAACGUAUACUGUCGCUGUGGGACUCGUUCUCCAAAUCGCCGACGUCGCGCUUGCUCGCCACCUCGCCGCUCGUUAAUUCUGCCGUCGCCAGGAACGAGCAUCUGUUCGGGGGUGGUGAUUCGUAUGACCGGAUGAUGGCCAUGCACAUACGGCGCGGCGACUUCAAGGGCGCGUGUCUGGAGUUGGCGCGGUGGAAUUCGACGUUUUACAGUUGGAACCUCCUGCCGUUCCUGCCUGACAAGUUUACCCCUCCUCCAGGCGGGUCGUGGGGCUCCAACACGCCCGAGAACACCGCCGUGUACCUCGAGCGAUGUUUACCCUCCUCUGAGGAUAUAGUGUGGAAAGCACGUCGGGCACGCGAAGACCUUGCCAGGCACUCGACGCAGACGCAUGGCACCCAGCUGGAUGUGAUGUAUCUGCUGACGAACGAAGAAGGGGAAUGGCUCGACGCGAUGAAACGCCUGUUGAAGAACGACGGGUGGUCGACGGUCGUGACAAGCCGCGAUCUCGCGCUCAACGAUGAGCAGGCGGUCGUCGGGAUGGCGGUCGAUAUGGAUAUCGCGAGGCGGGCCGCGGUGUUCAUUGGGAAUGGGUGGUCUUCCUUUACGAGCAAUAUCGUCCACCGGCGGUUGGUGGAUGGGAAGGAACCCAUCAGCAUCCGGUUCUGGUGA